AUGGACGAGGAAAAGUCCUCCAAAGUGGAGCGUAUGACGCGUGUCGGUGAAAUCCCACCGGAAGCCAGAGAGCCGACAACUCUUCUGACGAUUAAGGCAUCAGCAUUUCAUAUCUCAUCGCUUUCUUUCCUUUUCCAUUCUCUUUAUUUCUUUGAUUUUCUUUCAUUCCAUUGCUUUUUAUUCAAUUUUUUCUUUCCUUCCUUCGACAUUUUCAUUCGUUGCUUUCAAUGUUUAGUUUCAUUUUUUUUCUUUCGUUCGAUAAUUCUUUACAAUACUUUUCUUUCAAUAAUAUCUUUCAAUACUUUUUUCAAUAAUUUCUUUCAAUACAUUCUUUCAUUGCUUUUCUUUCAAUGCUUCCCUUUCAAUAGUCAAUAUUUAUAUCAAUACUUUUUAGAAAAUGUCUUUAAAUACCUUCUUUCAAUACUUUCGUUCGAUUACUUUUCUGUCAAUGCUUUCUUUCAAUACUUUUCUUUCAAUUCCUCCUUACAGUACUUUCUUUCAAUACCUUUCUUUCCAUGUUUCUUUCAAACAAUGCUACUGUUUGAUACUCUCUUUCAAUACUUCUCUUCCAAUACUUUAUUUCAAUAUUUUCUUUCAUUACUUUUCUUUAAAUACUUUCUUUCGAUACCUUUCUUUCAAUAUCUUCUUUCAGUACUUCUUUUCCAAUACUUUCUUUCAAUAUUUUCUUUCGGUACUUUUUCGAUUCUUUUCUUUCAAUACUCCCUCUCAGGACUUUCUUUCAAUACUUUUCUUUCGAUACUUUCAAUACUUCUUUUUCAAUGUUUUUAUACACUUUUUCUUUUGAUACGUUUCUUCAAAUACUUUCUUUCAAUACUUUUUCAAUACUUUCUUUCGGUACUUUACUUUCGAUACUUUCCUUUUGAUACUUUCUUCCAGUGCUUUCUUUCAAUACUUUACUUUCGAUGCUUUUCUUUCACUACUUUCUUUCAUUACUUUUUUGUAUACUUCAAUGCUUUUCUUUCAAUACUUUUACUUCAAUACUUUCUUUUACUGUGUUCUUUUAAUAUAUUUCUUUCAAUACUCUCUUUCAGUACUUUCCUUUCAAUACUUUUCUCUCUAUACUUUCUUAAAACACUUUCUUUCAAUACUUCUGUUUCAGUACUUUCCUUCAAUACUUUUCUUUCGAUGCGUUCAGUACUUUAUCCAAUACUCCCUUUCAAUACUUUCAAUACUUUCUUCUUUAUUUUCCUUUCAAUACUUUCUUUCUAUACUUUUAUUUCAGUACUUUCUUACGCUCCAUUCAUUGAAUUUGCUUCAUUUUUUUAUUUUAGCUUUUUGUUCCCCUUCAUCAUUCAAUAUACUUUCUUUCUUUCUUUCUUUCUUUCUUUCUUUCUUUCUUUCUUUCUUGCUCGUUUGCUGCAGUUCAGCUUAUGUUAUUUAUUCAUAUUUUUUUCUUGCUUUUCGGCAUGCUUCUAUCGUUCUUUUAUUCAGUACUUUCUUCCCUUUCUUUCAUUCAACACGUUUCUUUUUUUUCUCGGCAUUUUUCUUUCAUUUAAUCUCUUCCUACUCUCUGUUUCUAUCAGUGUUUUGUUUUCUUUCAUCUUUUUUCUUUCCCCUUUCUUUUAUCUCUCCUGUUCAAUCCUUUCGUUCCCUCCUCCUCUUCUUCUUUUUCUUUAA